AUGAGGAGAGGGAGAGGGCCGGCCGUUGUACCCCCGCCGCGUGAACCACCAACACCAACCACCGGAUCCGACCGGAGAUAUAGAGGUGUUAGAAAAAGGCCAUGGGGAAGAUUCGCGGCAGAGAUCAGAGAUCCAUGGAAGAAGACGAGAGUCUGGUUAGGCACCUUCGAUUCCGCAGAAGACGCCGCCCGUGCUUACGACCACGCUGCCAUAACCCUCCGUGGCUCUAAAGCUAAAACCAAUUUUCCCCUUCCCAAUCCCACCUCGUUUUUCGAUUAUCCUCCUCAUCCCGUCAACGCUCCAGAUCCCUUCCCCGAUCCCCGAUAUCAGAUUAGACCUACUUCCAGUAGUUUGAGUUCCACCGUUGAAUCCUUCAGCGGUCCUCGCCCUCCCUCCUCCUCCCUUCCUGCCCUUACUAGCACUUCUCCCUCUCGUCGUUACCCUCGUACUCCCCCACUUCUCCCCGAGGAUUGCCAUAGCGAUUGCGAUUCUUCUUCCUCCGUUAUCGACGACGGCGACGACAUCGCUUCCUCCCCUGUCGUUCCUCGGAAAAAAACCCCUCUGCCUUUCGAUCUCAACAUUCCACCUUCCGAUCUUUUUGAUUUUAGCAGCGAUGAUCUUCGAUGUACCGCGUUGUGCCUUUGA